AUCGGUGUUUAGUAGAGCCACAGCGUUGCAAAAACUAACGUUGGACUAUCGGCUUGCAUUGUGAUAUCGGUAUUUUUCGCUAGUUGUGAGCAGGAUCACGACAAAAGUUGGGUAGCUCCGAAGCAAAAACUCGUCGAGAAAAGCCAAAUACGCUCGGGUGUCAUUUCUCUGUCCGUGCUGUUGAAAGAAACAUUUAGUCUGUGUGCCGCCUUGCCAAAAUUAUUGGCGAACAACAAACGAGAAAGCCAGCAAGCAACAACAGCAACGCAACCAACAACAGUGUUGUAAAGGGCAUAAAUACAUAACAACAACCACAACGGCAGCAGCAGCAAAGAUGGCACAGGAAGGACAAGAUAUGCCCACUUUUAAGUGCGUAUUGGUUGGCGACGGUGGCACUGGCAAAACAACAUUCGUCAAACGCCACAUGACGGGUGAAUUUGAGAAGAAAUAUGUGGCCACAUUGGGCGUUGAGGUCCAUCCGUUGAUCUUCCAUACGAAUCGCGGCGCCAUUCGUUUCAAUGUCUGGGAUACGGCUGGCCAGGAGAAAUUUGGCGGUUUACGCGAUGGCUAUUAUAUUCAGGGCCAGUGUGCCGUCAUCAUGUUCGAUGUGACGUCACGUGUCACAUAUAAGAAUGUGCCCAACUGGCAUCGUGAUCUUGUCCGCGUCUGCGAGAACAUUCCCAUUGUCCUCUGUGGCAAUAAGGUGGACAUCAAGGACCGCAAGGUCAAAGCCAAAACCAUCGUCUUUCACCGAAAGAAAAAUUUGCAGUACUAUGACAUCUCUGCUAAAUCGAAUUACAACUUUGAGAAACCCUUCCUUUGGCUCGCCCGCAAACUGGUCGGCGAUCCAAACCUGGAGUUUGUGGCAAUGCCGGCACUGCUGCCACCCGAGGUCAAAAUGGACAGAGACUGGCAGCUGCAAAUUGAGCGUGACUUGCAGGAGGCGCAGGCGACCGCCUUGCCCGAUGAGGAUGAGGAUCUAUAAGCAUUAGUUUACAUAUAACACACACACAAUAAACAACAACAAUUCAAAACUACAGAGCAAGAAUACCAAGGUGUAAACAAACCAAGCAGCAGAAACAACAGCAACAGCAAGAGCAAGCUAAUUUGUUAAACAGUUAACAAAACACAACAAAUCACAAACAGCAAGUGUGCAUCAACAACAGCAACAACAACAUCGAGGCGACAUUGCAAGGAUCACAACAACAACAUCGAGGCGACAUUGCAAGGAUCACAACAACAACACACACACACAUACACGAACACACACUCACAAAACAACAACAACAACAACAAAACACAUUCAUCGAGUUGCCCAAAUUAUUAUUAUUAUAUUAUGUACACGUAACUUAAUUAUUUUUGUUUUUUUUUUUAUUGCUCUUGUUGAUUGAACUUAAAAUGUAUGUCGAAGGAUACUAGUAAAGACACAACAAAAAAACUAGGAAAAAAAAUAGAAGAAAAAGUAAUUAAGCGACUGUAAGCAAAAUAUACCAGCAACAAAUGGGCAGCCCAUUUGUCGGCAGAAGAAAUGGUACACAUAAACAAGAACAACAACAACAACAACAAGAACAUCUGCAGCAGCAACAGGAGGAAAUUAUCCAAUUAUGUAUUGCGAUUUGAAGUGUAAAAUAUUAAAUAGCUAAGACAAAUAAAAACAAACAAAAAUGGAA